CAGAGGCCGAGGGGUUUGCUCUGUAUGGUUUUAACUUUUAAGGCGAGGGAGGACUGAGGAGAGCGUUGUUUCUCUCUGGAGAGCAGAAGCUGCAGUGGAGUUUUGUGGAAAGGAUGAAGCCAGGAGGAGGAGGUAAAGAAACUCCUAAAACCCUAGAGAAACCAUCGACUGUGUAUACCGUACAGUGUGGUGAAUGCUUCAAAUGGAGGUUGAUUCCCACAAAAGAAGAGUUUGAAGACAUCAGAAGCAAAUUCAUAGAGGAUCCGUGGGUCUGCGACAACAAAUAUGGUGUCUCUUGUGAGGAUCCUGAAGAUAUUGAGUAUGACAGCAGCAAGAUUUGGGCCAUUGACAAACCAAAUAUUCCAAAGACUCCAGUUGGUUUUGAAAGAAUCUUGGUACUUAGAAAAGAUUUUUCUAAGUUUGAUGCCUAUUAUAUUACCUCAACUGGAAAGAGACUGCGAGCCAUUACUGAGAUAGCGAAGUUUCUUGAGGCAAAUCCUGAGUACAGUGGUGUUUCUGUUUCAGAUUUCAGUUUUACGGUACCAAAGGUAGUGGAAAACACAAUCCCUAGAAUUGUGGAUGGGAAGAAUGGUGCAAGUAGGGGUAAGAAAAAGAAAAAAUCGAUGAUCAAAGAUGAUGAUAAUGAUGAUGGAGAACUAGUGGAUUGA